GGUAAUAAUAUCAUUAUCGCAAGGUGGUGAGCUGGCAGAAACGUUAGCACGCCGGACGAAAUACUUGGCAGUAUUUCGUCUGUCUUUACGUUCUGAGUUCAAAUUCCGCCGAGGUCGACUUUGCCUUUCAUCCUUUCGGGGUCAAUAAAUUAAGUACCAUUUGCGUACUGGGGUCGACCUAAUCGACUGGCCCCCUCCCCACAAAUUUUGGGCCUUGUGCCCAGAGUAGAAAACAAUAAUAUUAUGAUCGUCAUAUGCGUAGUGAACAGGGACAAUAACCAGGAUGGCAUAUAUAUUCCUUCAUAAGGUAUUGCGCCAGAUCAAGUUCGAACGUGAAUAAAGUAAUCGCUGCUGUAUUUCUUCAUUCUAGAACAAUUUCUCCUAUUAGAUGCGUAUCUGUUCAUGGCAUACUCGAUUCGUUAGCGUAAGGGGACAUUGGGACAUUCAAUGUUUCGACACCGUUGGGUCUCCACAGCGAAAGCUAUUGUAUUCUAAUGACUCUACCAACAGUUUGUGGUUCUUGUUUAUGAAUUCAGCAGACAAUUGCUGAUGCGCGCUAACAUCUGCUUACCUAUAUUAAAUCAUGUGUAGAUUCAUUCUAAAUACGUUCCGGCAGAUUCGAAUGUAUAUAUGCUUAUCGCUGCUUUGUUAUCGAUCCGACUCUCGCUGUUUCCUGUGCACAUGGCAACCUCUUUGAAAGGAUAAGUUGUUCUCCCAUAACGAAAUACAGAAGCGAUUAGUACAUUCAGGUAUGUAUCUGCCGGAACUUAUGGACAAUGCAUAUAUACAUCAUUGUAUUUUAUUAUCAUUAUCGCCAAAAUAAGCUGACGGUAGCUAGCUGGUCUCUACAGACGGCCGAGGACACAAGAACGAUGGACUCACCACAUCGCAAUGCUUCUUCGUCGAAGUUGUCAAAGGCAAGUAACGAUAGAUUUGGAGAAAUACGACUGCAGGUAAGAUAUGCUUGUGGGGGAAGGGAGAAAGGUUCAAUAUGAUGGAGGAAAUUAUUUCUUUCAGAUUUUUGGUGAGGAGGGUUUUUCUUUUUAACUGUGUGAACAAUGGAAGUAGGAGUCUUUCUGAGAGGAGUUGAUGCUUGGUUAUAGAGUGAUGCACAGUUUAUAGGACGAUUUUUAGGUUUAGCAAGGGACCAUAAGGCUCUGGUGCAAUAUGAUAGUAGGAAUAGGGCAGCAGACAAUAUGAAUAUCUCUUGAGUUUCACUGACAUGCUAUAUAUGCAUUACAUAAUUUCCUACACCAGCUGGAGCGGUAAUUUUCACCAUUAUAAUUCCGCCAAUAUGACAGACUUUACCGGCCAUGAUGAAAUACCACAAGGUAUAGAAAAUACGUAUUCGCCUUUAUAUAUUUAAUCUUUUAUAUUGAACACUCAAUAUUUCAUCUAUUCAAUAAGACAUAUUCCAUAUAUUCAAUAAGACAUUCAAUACUUUAUUUAAUUGUACCAUCCAUUUUUAUUUUAUAUUAUAUAUUGUAUAUUAUAUUAUAUAUUGUAUAUUCCAUAUUCUAUAUCCCACAUUGGUUUUGCAGGAAUAUAAAUAAAACAUAAAAAACAGACAGUGUUGGAACUCUUUUAAACAAAAUAAUAUAUUCCUCUAUACACAAUCAUACAAAACCCCUUUUUUUGUAUUUAUUUUUACUCGCAUAUACAUAUAUAUAUAUAUAUAUUGCUUCACACACAUAUCAAAUUAGCGUCACUUUAUAUCUUAAAACGAAAGCGCUAUUACAUGCUAGAAGCAGCUGUCAUAAAUACUUCCUUCCGAGAUUCUGUGCUGCGCACUUAAUAAGAGGAAGACUUGUACCUAUGAGCGAAUAAACCAGGCUGUUUCAAAACAAAAUGAACGAAGAACCUGCUACUCAAGAAUUCAAAGAUUUGUCUACAUCUGAAAUUACGGAGAAAAUAUUAAAAUCAUGUGGCGGAUAUGGGUUAUUUCAAAAGAUACUCACUAUUUUUGUUUUAAUAUUUGUAAUAAUCGAUGCUCUUGGAGGUUUAGCUAUGGUUUUUAUAAGGGAGACGGUUCCAUUUGCUUGCUAUCCUGCAAACUUCAAUGAAUCCAUGAUUCCAUCAAAUAUUUCCUUGGAUGAAUUCUUAAAUGAUGUAACUGUCAAAGACGAGAAAUGUUCCGUGUAUAACCUGGUUUCUGAAGAAGGAUUCUAUGUCUUACCCACAAGUAAUUCUACGAAGGAAUCCUGCAACCAUGGUCGAAAGUUCUACACUGAAGAUUUGUCAUCUAUUGUAUCUGAGUUUGAGUUGGUUUGUGACAAAGAAUGGCUGAAAAAUAUUGCAGUGUCUGCAACGUUUGCGGGUGUCCUUCUUGGAAAUUUAGUCUUUGGUAUAUUUUCAGACAGAUUCGGCCGAUAUAAAACCUACUGCGUUGGAGAAAUAGUUUACAUUUGUUGCAGUUUAACCAAAAUAAAUGCACCAAAUUAUAUCGUGUUCGUCGUUAUGUACUUUUUGGAAGGAUUCGGAAUUGGAGGCACCUACAUAAUCUUAUACACCAUUUUGAUAGAAUGUGUCACUCAAAAUUACAAAAUGCGUUUGAAUUUUGCUUUUCAUGGAACAUUCGCUGUUGGAGAAAUAAUCUUAGGCGGUGUGGCGUAUUUACUACGUAAAUGGCAGCAUCUAUUGUAUGCUUCAUGGUUUCCACACAUUAUGAUAUUCAUUAUUGCAUUGAAAUAUCUUCCUGAAUCUCCUAGAUGGCUUCUUAAUAAAGAGAGAUUCACAGAAGCUGAAAAAUCCUUCAACAGGAUAGCAAAAUUAAAUGGAAAAGACAACGAGGAUAUGGUAAAUCUGAUUCAGGAACUUCAAAGGAAAGCUGACGGCAAGUCCAAAUUUGAUGCGGAAGUUGUGGGAAAUAAGAAUUUAGGAAAAAAGCAAAGAAUUCCUAAAAAGCAGAAAACAGCAAUUGAUUUAUUAAAAAGGCCGCGAAGUGCGAUGAUUUCUACAAACAUUUGGUUUAACUGGUUUGUUAACAGUAUGCUUUACUACGGAGUAACAUUAAAUUCUGUUGACAUGUCCGGAAAUCGUUAUGUAAACUAUUUGAUGAUGGCAGUAGUAGAGAUUCCAGCCAGCAUUAUUGGAUACCUAACGUUUCGCUGGUUUGGUCAUCGUAAGCCGAUCGUUUUCUUUAUGGUAUUUGGAGGAAUUAACUGUAUUGUCUCAAACUUUGUGCCAAAAGCUAACCUUUGGUUUCCUCUGAUAUUAGCUGUUCUCGGGAAGCUGGGUGUGACAGCAUCAUUUUUCGGUAUUUAUUUAACCUCAACAGAACUAUUUCCAACAGCUGUACGCAACAGUGGCAUGGGAACUGCUUCAUCGUUUGCUCGAGUUGGUGGCAUUCUUGCACCAAUAAUUCUUGGACUUUCCAUAUAUGGCUCUUGGAUACCUCUCAGUGUCUAUGGGGUCUUCGGAAUUGUUGCUGGAUUGCUGACCCUUUUGCUUCCCGAAAUGAAAGAUGCUUGUUUACUUCAAACAUUGGAAGACCUGCAUGAUUUGUAAAUUUAUCAUUGAAAACUCCUUUCGAGUAAUUUCAUGGAAACAAGAAUGAAAUAUAUAAACGUCUAAUAUGACCAGUAUACUGCAUUA